UCCCAUGGGUUCCCAGGUUGAGACCCACUUAGACCUACCCGGUUCGGAAUGGUUUCAUGGCCGCCGCUUCGGCAGCCGCAGCCGCGGCGGCGGCCGCUGCCAGCGGGGACCCGCUGGACGCGGAAUUCGCGGCCACCCUGCGGCGGGUGGAGGCGUCGUUGGCUGGGGCGCCCAAACAUUUACGGAUCCGAGGAGAGCAAUGGGCCCAGCGCCUGGGGCUUUUAUCCAAGCUGCGGCAGCCCUUGUUCCAGAAGGAUCGGAACCUCCACGCGGACCUCUUGCUGCGGUGCAUCCAGGAGGGCACAUGGACGGAGCCCAUGGACAAGCACCCGCCCGAGGGUCCGCUGCCCUCUCUGCCCACUCACGUGGCCUGCUCCUUGCGCCGCUUGCGCGCCGAGCGCGGCAUCGGUGCCGCGACCAAGAGGCGCUCGCUGAGCCGCGGAAAAGGCGAGAAGCUGCGCGUCUCCGAUUCCACCAGCCUGGCCAGCGCUGCGGCUGCAGCCUGUGACGCCUCCCCAUACUCAGCCUCAGCACUGGCGAAGCGUGUGGCGUUUCUGGAGCAGCAGAACAAGCAGCUGAGGAAGCAGCUUGACGACGCGCGCCGUGCCUCGCCCUCGCCCUCGCGCCCAGCCGUGACCUCCGGUGGAUCCUGCGGGGUGAAAGCCGGGGUCAGCCAGGUUCGGAGCCGGCCGCACACGCCCAGCCCCCGGCAAAGAGCUCCCGGCGACGCGCGCGCGGUUCGGGACGCGGGUGCCCGCGGCAUGGCGCCGCUGCCCCCCGAGGAUGAUGUGGAGGCCUUCUUAAAGUACUUGGACGCCUUCCAGUCCUACGCGGGCUCCUUGUUCGGUUCCAUGGAUAGCCAGAGCCUCGGCAAAGCUGAGGCAGAAUUGGAUGCGAGGAAUUAACUGACAGUGGCGAUAGGCCCAUUG